AUGCAGACACAGCCGACGAACAUGAACACAAGCAACCAGGGCAAAUGCCCAGCACGCAAACACAGCCGACAAGCGUGCCGCGACUACGGGCGUGGCAAUGAGCAGGCAGGAGGGUGUGCGGCUCUGUUCUCGGCGAUGUACGCACAAGCGUCUCCCCCCGCAUCGGCGCCGUAUCUUCCUCAGCCACUGCCCCAGCAGCCCUAUGCCAGCUACAACCGCUUUGACACUGUCCUACGUCCUUCCUCAGGUCCUUCUGGCUCUCCCUCUUGCCCGCCACGCGGCUCGCCACGUCCCCUCGCUGCCCAAGAGCAGUCCUACGACAACUACGCGUACGACAAUGGCUCAUCAACACCACCAGACCCGGACGGUGACGACUUCUAUGCUUCCCAGACAGACUUCCGCGACCAACAUGCCAACACUGCGCCGUCUAUUGCCACUCAGUCCAUCUGGGUACCUUCUCCACCGCUCAGCCCUGUCCUCGACCAGUCUCACCUUCGGCCCGGCAACCAGGCUGCUCUUCUCUCGUGAACAUAUGCUUGAGCUGUACUGCACGAACGCAAAGAAGACGCAGGACACUCAC